CAAAAAAUGAUUGAGUGAGCCUCUAUCUUGAAAUGUUGUGAAAUAUUUAAUAAUAUUAGAAAUCAUUUGAGAAUGCUAUUCAAAAAAUUUUUAAGUGAGUUGACAUGGGGGAUUUCAGCUUCUAGCAAGUGUUUUCACCCUCUCAUGCUGAGUUCUAGAUGAGAUUUUUUUUUUUUCCGUCUUCUAACACACAGAUUCAGUAUACUUCACACAUCGUACGAGAUGAGUUCUCCAUCAUCUUCUCAAUCGUUCAUCUUACCAGAUAGCCCACCACCACACCAACACAUUCUCAACUACUGGCAGCGGAAAGCUGCCCUCGCUGCUGAGUCGUCCGCUGCCGCACCCGCCCCCUCACCGCUCAGCGUGGAACCACCAUCACCAACCGGGGAGAUCAUCAUCGGGGACAGCCCUCUUCAACGUCUAGCACCAGCACCUACCUGGGCACCGCGGCAUGCAGUGUUGUCAACUCAACCCAACAAGCAGGCGGUGAAGAGGAGGCUAGUUUUCGAGGACGAGGGCGUGCUCACUCAAUCAAAGAAACGUGUGCUGGAAGAGGACAGCUCGAUCGUGCCUCUCUUGAGGGAGGAGGAGGAGGAAGUGGAGAUAGAGGACGAGAUGCAAUCGGAGAGCUUUCUAAGAUUAUUGAAUAGCCGCACUGAGAAGCCAUGGUCGCCUCUGCGCGAGCUGGAAGAGGGGUUGCCAUAUCCGAUAUGUGACGUGAGAGAGGCGUCCAACCAGCACGGGCGGCGAAUUGUGCUCAAAAUCCGGGUACCUGGACUACGAACAACAGAUGUUUAUCUUCCAGAAAGAUUUACCCGGAUUUUGAGCACAAAAGACAUUGAAAAUUAACAAUUAAAGUGCAAAACCUUAUCUCUGUUUGUAAAGCAUGUUAAUGCUUUUAUGACUGACAUAAAAAUUGUUAAAUGCUAAAUUAGCAUUCAACAAUUUUUAUGUCACUAAGCAUCUAGCAUUAACAUGCUUUACAUGUUGAUAUGUAUGUGUGAAAGUAGUGUUCAAUAAAUUGUAAUAUUGUUUCUAUAAAAAUUGUUUUCAAUUCUUACCUGUUCACAAUGAAUAGUAGAAACACACAGAAGAAGAAAUGCUGGUUCACCUGCUCUGUUAUGAAUGAUAUUUAAAUAAGGUGACUGGGUCUUUUAUAGUUUGUUGUGAGCAUGCUCAGUAGUCUUUA